CAUCUGAUUAGCCUAUAUAGGACACAAUAUUUAAAAGGUAGAUGAGCCCUGGAUUUGAUUGAUUUUCCAUGGUGGAAUUGAUUGAUCAUACAAUUUAACAGCUGUGACGGAUCUUAUUAUUUGGAAUGCGACUGAAUCUGUAAGUUCAUUUUGAUGUCCUGUAUUUUAUUUCAGACAUCUCAUGCUCACUAGACUAUAUGAUAGUACUUUCGUCAUAAAAAUGGUAUGUGCAUCAUAGAAUUUCAAUUUUCCUUGACAAUUUCUUGUUCUAUAAUCAGGGUGACCCAUGGACUUCUAUUCGUGGGCUGGUCUAAUUGUAUUCUUCGGUGGGGGGGCGUGAGUUGCUGCUGUUUGUUUUGGUGAGGUUGCCAAAUAAUGCAUUUAACCUACAUUUGUGUUCCACUAACCAAAGGAAUGUGACGUAGGGGAGUAGUCUUUUGGUUCGUAGCCCCACCUACCCAUCCUGCAGCACCGCAGCCUGUUGGACUUAGGACAAUUUUAGGUCUAUUUCGGCUGUGUAUGAUUAAACAAAAUCUAAACGACAAUAUUGCAUCUCUAAUAUUGAAAAAUAUCAGAGCCGUCGACUUACAUUUGGUUAUUUUACGAAUUUUACGAAGCGUACGUGCAUGCCGUGUGCGAAUGCGUCACCCCCUAAAUCUGUGACAGACAGAUAAGAGUCAUCGUCCCGACGUUGUGUAACAGAACUCGACUAGCGAAGUCUCAGCGAAGAACGCUGAGCGUUGCAACAAAAUAUGAAGCACAUAUGAAGAACGAUCUGACCAGAAAAACCGGCAUCGUCUUUUGUUAGUGUUCUUUUUAAACAAAACAGACCAGUUCCUUUUGGUGGGCCUUCGUCUAAACAUACGACAUGCAGCUUGAUCGGCGACUGUUGCUUGCCCACUGUGCCGCCCACACCCUGUCGGUCCUCGCCGGACUCCUUGUUGUGAUACCCCUUGCACUUAACGGAUCGGCAUUCAAAGGGAGGUGUGCCCUUUUUAGUCAAGGAUUUUGGCGGACGGAGAAUCAAACUCUGACUACUGGGGAGUCAAACGAGGUAUCUCACUUGGUCAUUCAACAAUGGGGUCCCCCAGCCGCCUGCCAAUUCGCGACGUUCGUCGGAGUGUUCACCGUGUUAUACGGAGCAGCGCAGGGAUGGCGAAGCUUGUUCUACCUUCACAGUAGACAUGAUGAUACCCUUCUCUCAGCUUUCCUCACCCUUCUCCUGAGUCUGUGUCUGUUUUUUCUGUCUGGUGGGGCAAGUGUCACUCUCUCUCUGGGACUUGUGUCCUGGUGUGAUGUCGUGACACAACACAACUCCCGACCAUACAGCUGUGCAGAAUCACAGUCCAUACCUCUAUACCUGGAUGUUGAGACCUCAUCAUUUUACUCAGAGUUAAGCUGUGCACAGGUGUGUAUAAUUAAACUCCUAACUGACUUUGCAUAUAUUUCUGUUUCACAUUCUCUCACACACUCCAUUAUUAAGUAUAUUCUUUGUAACAGAUGGAUAUCUUAACAUACAGGGUCUCACAUUAACAGGGUUUUUAUCCUAGAC